GGUGCCUCUGAGAUUACAUAGAGCAAAAGCAAGCGAGCAGAGAAGAGAAAGAAGGGAGAAGAAGAGUUUUGCAAGCGAGCAGAGAAGAGAAAGAAGGGAGAAGAAGAGAAGGGGAAGGCAGGAAAAGAGAAGAUGGAAAAGCAAGGAGAGGUGAAGCUGAUAGGCAUGUGGUCGAGCCCCUUUGUGCUUCGAGUGAAGGUAGCCCUCAACAUCAAGGGCGUUCCCUACGAGUCCCUGGAGGAGCAGCUGCCCUUCAGCAAGAGCCAGCUCCUUCUCGACUCCAACCCCGUCCACAAGAAGGUGCCCGUUCUCCUCCACGACGGCAAGCCCGUCUGCGAAUCUUUGAUCAUCGUAGAGUACAUAGACGAGGUUUGGGCAUCCGCCGGACUUCCGGCCAUCCUUCCCCGCGAUCCCUAUGAACGCGCCGUUGCCCGUUUUUGGGCAUCCUACAUCGAUGAAAAGCUUUUUCCGGCGAUGCGGGGAACAAUGGCAGCAGAAGACGAGCAGCGGAAGGCUCUAUUAGAGCAGGUAAUGUCGGGGCUGGGGCUGUUGGAAGACGCAUUCGGGAAGUGCUGGAAGGGAGGGAAAUUCUUCGGGGGCGAGACCAUUGGGUUCUUGGACAUCGCACUUGGCAGCAUUCUGGCCCUGAUGAAGGUGUUCGACGGAGCUAUGGGGGUGAAGCUCUUGGACGAGACCAAGUUUCCGAAACUGGCGGCCUGGUCUGAGGCCUUCUGCGAAGCCGAGCCUGUUAAGGAAGUGAUGCCGGAACACGAAAGGCUAGCCGAGUUUGCCAUGGUCAUCCGGGAAAGGAUGAGAGCGGCCAAGGCGGCUGCCCCUCCCCCUUCCUAGUGCCUCUUCAGUGUCAGGGACGUCCAUAUCUCUAUGCCCUCCCAAGUCAGGGACGUCCAUAUCUCUAUGCCCUCCCAAGUGCCAUCUGCGGUUCUUUCCUUGUAUGUGUUACUAGAAGUCUCUUUUAGCUUGUCACUUCACAUCUGGGGCUUGAGUUUGUUGUGUAACGUAAAAGGACAUUAAAUGAAAUAAAAGUUGGUGCUGUUAUCUGUGAA